AUUUUCAACAAUUGUGGGUGGGUCUGGAACAUAUCGCCCGCGAUAAACAGUUUCACCAUCGUGCACUUUGACUUUAGAUUGUUUCGUUUUAAAAGUUGACAUUUCCACCACAAGGGGACGCACUGUGACAUAAAACAGGCCUGUUGAGCAUCCUGUUUUGGAUCCCCUCAUCCUCUCUCCCUGCCUGUCAUCAUUCCUCCCAUCGCUUUCCGUCGUAAUUAUUGACAUUAUUGUCUCAGCAGAUGAGUGGGUGCAGGUGGACAAGACUGACACCCUUUCUUCUAGUUUUUGUUUCAUUGCGGCAUUGAACUGCAAAUGGAUUUGUCAGAAGAGAAAAUAAAAGCCCCCUCGUUCCUCAGCUCUUUAUGGCUCCUUAAAGCCUUUUAGCAUGCCUUCGUGAAUCAUGUGGAGGCUGAAGUGAUUCACUGAACACACAGAAAUGUGAAUGGAAAUGUGGAAAAGAAAAGCUUUGUUGUUCUUCGGUAUUUGUGCUCGGAGAAACGUGUCUCCUUUUAUGCGCUCUUAAGCCUCGCGGCAGCAGCACUGAUCGGAGGCGAAAAUCAAAUAUCUUCAUAUGCAACGACACAUGCAAUAUAGUAUCAAGAAUUGCCUGUUGUAGAAUUUCACUGCUUCAUGUUGAAUGUUAAUUUGAACCUUACUGUGUUUUGCGCCAUGAGUGAGUCAAAAUAUCCCAAACCCAUUUCAGUAUAAUGCAGAGCAGUGUUACUACUUCAAUAAAUGCAAAUUGUCAAAGUCUACUCCAACCUGCUUUACUGUUAAAAUUCAGAAUCAUUUUGGGUGAGUUCUCCAAAAUAUUGCAUUGAAAUAUGGUGAAAUGGUCUAGUUUGUGUGCGAGCGCACGCGCGUGUUCAUAACCUUGUCAUCUGAGAAAUUUUCCGGGAACUUUCUAGGAACUCGUGAACCAGAUCAAACACAUGGAGCGAAUUUGCUGGUUUCUUGUGUGUGUGUGUUUCCAAUGCCUUUGUACAAGAUGCUUGAUUUGAGUUUUAUAAAACUUCACUAAUACCGAAUUCAUGUAAAAGAGACAACACAAACACUGUACUGUAUUUACAGUAUGUGCACGUGUAAUCUGUUGCCAUUAGUAUGCAUACAUGUAAAUUAACAUACAGUACAGCAAUUCGUAUGAUAAUGACCCGUGGGUGUGUGAUGCACUUCCGUCUGUUUAUGUCCAAUGAGAUGAAUGCUUCUCUUUGAAUUCACGUUAGUGUGAAAUUUUCAUAGCAGUUGUUGGAUCAUCUAUGUGUAGUUGUCAUACCAUGUCCAGUAGUCAUUGUGAUGGAUUAUAGUGGUAUUGCACUCAUUUGUGAUGAUUUAGUUUGACACGAAUCUGGAGCUAACUUUGUGAUUUACUGCCAUCUAGUGCUAUCGUUGUCAACGACAACAACUUGGAUAUCCUCCAUUUGCAUUUCCGAAAGGCUGCCAUAAGAUCUUAAAUUAUUGACCUCAUUUCUCAGUAGAUCCCCUUUUAAAUGUGACACGACUUAGAAUCCUACUUUCGCAAUCAGCUUCCCACAUGAGCGAUUUGUCUUCUCUCAUUCUCUCGAAGUGAGAAAUGUUAUUAUUCCAGAUUAUUUUGACAGAAGCGGGGGGGCUUUCCUGCUGUACGUAGCCUUGGUAACUGUCAGUCAAAUCUAAUUAAAACACACCCACACACUCUCAUCUAGUAGAGUUUACCAAAAGAUGUUCAUUUUUUUUUUUUACAUUUUUGCAACCAUGACUUGAUAGUGCUAUAAAUAAAACACUUGUGAUCUUGGGCCGACGUAUCUUGGGCAUACAUUUAUAUUUAAUGUCUUGGACAAUAUUUGGAGAAAAAUGUCCAAGCUUGACCUUUUGAGAGGUGCCCUCAAUUACAACAUAUGUUUAACACUUAAAAUUUAAUGGCCUGAACAUAUCUGCAGCUGUAAUUAGAUACUGCACAUAGAGGGCUGUGUGUGUGUGUGUGUGUGUGUGUGUGUGUGUGUGUGUGUUGGUCACGGUGCCACAUCAGAUACCCUUACUGACAGAAUGUCAAAGCGCAUGCAGGGGUACCCGUGUGUACGUUAGAUGGUCAAAUAAUUAGGAUGAGAUGAAGUGGGAAGUAUUGAUCAAUAUAACAAGGUGCCUUGAGUCACAAUUUUAUAAAUGGAUAUAACUGCAAUUGGUGUCCCCCAAGGUUCACUUCUUUAUCCUCUACUUAUUUCUAUAUAUGCCUUUGGGUAAAAUUCUGUUUUAUUUUGUAGUUUUAUCUUUUCUCGUAUUGACUAAAAAUCUUUUACUAAUCAGUCUGCCAAACAGUUUAUACUGUAAUCUUGCUGCAUGACGGUUUACAGUAAAAAAUGCAAAUGCAAAUCAAGGGUGCUUGAAGGAUUCAGUUAAAGUUUGCAUUUGACCCUGUUUAGUAGGAGUCAAUUUCUUCGAUAUUUUGAGGCUGACCUUGUUGAUAGCUGUUGACUUGUUUUAUGUAUUACAUGGACAGUCUUCCUGUUUUGAAUUUACACAGGAACACCAUCUCUUCAAUCCUAAUCCCUAUUUAAGAAGCCCACUCAGUGGUUUUGCACAUCAACAGAAGGCCAUGUAAUGAAUGCAUAUUAGAGGGCCCAAUAAUCUUUGCUUGUUUUUGUAUGGUUGUAAUUCCAAGCAUCCAAUCAGCCUGGCGGUUGUUCCGCAUCCCGUCCGUCCCUCCGUCCAACCACCAGGCCAGUUGGAGUCUAAUCCCAGCAGAGCUAAUCUUCCACUGAGCAGAGGAUUGCACUACUGAAUUGCUGGGUUUCCUCGCACCUGCUGGCCACAACAUGCCCGACUGACUGUGUAGUGGAGCUUGGUGUCAACAGAAGAUGGCUUUCCGCCGAUCACCCUCCUCCACAUGGACUGAGUCACGGGGGAAAGGAUUCAACCCGGUGGCCACGGCGCUCAGCGAGUCCUCGUCCAUCCACAGCGACGUCCUGUACCACCUGACCAGGGACGUGUCCCGGGUAGGCCUGGAGCCCCUGUCCUACAGCAUCCCAGAAGCAGAACCUGACAAAGAGGAUGAUUGGAAUGAGGAGGCUCAAAGUCUACUCAAGGGUCACAGCAUGCAAACUGAUGACAAGAUCCCAGUUGUCAGUCCUUCAUUAAGAGCCCAAGACAACAACGAAGGCCUCCACUUCUCUGACGGCCGGCGGAAAGUCGAUUAUGUCCUGGUCUUCCAUCAGCGAAGACACACCUCCGUUCGGUCCCCCGCCAGCACGUCGGUCUCCCACGACCGACUCUCCAUCGUUUCCAACGGCAACUUCCCCCCGUCGCGGGGCUCGGACGGCAAAGAGGGAGGAGGCGGAGGGAGCGGCCAGGUACCGGGAGGGGAGGCCGUGAGCAUCGGCGAGGUGUUCAUGGAGCUCGACAGUGGAGGCGGGAACGAAGCGGCGGAGCCUGCCGACCACGAGAUGCAUCUGAUCCGACAAGAGUUUGAGGCCAACCUGCUGGAGGCCGGCCUGGAGAUCGAAAGAGACGGAGAGGUGAAGGUCCAUGGUCUGAGCUUCACCCGCCUCCAUGCACCCUGGCCGGUGCUUUGCCGGGAGGCGGAGUUUCUCAAAAUUAAAGUCCCUACCAAGACGCAGCGUUAUGAAAUUAAAGAGGAAAGUGCAUUCAGCAGCAGCAUGAGCAGCGUGUGGAGGAAGCUGAAGCAGCCUUUCCAGCCCAAAGUGCACCCCCAGGACCACGGACCCAGCAAGUUCCUCACACACUGCUUCUCUCGGGACAAGCUCCACCUGUACAACAUCACAUCGAAAGAUACGUUUUUUGACAACGCCACAAGAGGCCGCAUCGUGUACGAGAUCUUGAGGAGGACUGUUUGUGCACGGACCUGUCAAACCAUUGGUAUCACUACAUUGAUCGCAAAAGGGGUCUACGACGCUGCCUUCCCUCUUCACGAUGGGGAUUACAAUGCCACUGGACACCCUGAGGAGAGGAAUGACCGACAGGUUCUACACGAAGAGUGGGCCAGAUACUCGGCCUUCUAUAAGUACCAGCCCAUUGAUUUGGUCAGGAAGUACUUCGGAGAGAAGAUCGGCCUGUAUUUUGCAUGGCUCGGCGUUUACACGCAGCUGCUCGUGCCCGCCUCCAUAGUGGGAAUUAUUGUGUUUGGUUACGGGGUAGCGACAGUGGACACGAACAUACCCAGCCUGGAAAUGUGUGACGAGCGUCUCAAUUUCACCAUGUGUCCUCUAUGUGACGGAGCCUGCGACUUCUGGCAGCUGAGCACUGCCUGCGGCACGGCCAGAGCCUCGCACCUGUUCGACAACCCCGCCACCGUCUUCUUCGCCAUCUUCAUGUCUCUGUGGGCGGUGUUGUUCCUGGAGCACUGGAAGCGUCGCCAGAUCAGUUUAAGCUUCAGUUGGGAUUUGACUGGCAUUGAGGACGACGAGGAACACCCGAGACCAAAAUACGAAACCAUCCUUCUCCAGAAGAGACAGCGGAAGCAGAAAAACAAGAAGAAGAAGAAGAAAAAGAAGAAUCUGCCAGUAAAGCAGAAGGAUGGGACAGUGACAGAGAAGGACAGAUGGAGGAGAAAACUACUUUUUGCCAUGGCUGCAGGAACACCGGUUGCUAUUGAGAAGUUAACCUGGAAAGACCGCCUUCAUGGAUAUUGCAUCAAUGUUUCCUCCAUUCUUUUUAUGUUCGGUCUGACCUUUUCGGCCGUUUUCGGCGUCAUCAUCUACCGCAUCACGGUGUCCGCGCUGAUGGCCAUGAGCCCAGACCCAGAGACAAAGUCCAACGUGCGCGUUACAGUGACGGCCACGGCGGUCAUCAUCAACUUGGUGGUUAUUCUCAUCCUGGAUGAGAUCUACGGCGCUGUGGCGGUGUGGCUGACCGAGCUAGAGAUUCCUAAAACAGAGACCAAAUUCGAGGAGCGUCUUAUCCUCAAGGCGUUUUUGCUCAAGUUCAUGAACGCAUAUGCGCCCAUCUUUUACGUGGCUUUCUUCAAGGGACGGUUUGCAGGUCGACCGGGAAGUUAUGUGUACGUCUUUAAUGAUUAUCGAAUGGAAGAGUGUGCACCAGGAGGCUGCCUUAUUGAGUUGUGCAUCCAGCUUAGCAUCAUCAUGCUCGGCAAGCAGCUCAUCCAGAACAACAUCUUUGAGAUCGGCAUCCCGAAGUUGAAGAAGCUGGUGCGUACGUUGAAGGAUAAAGGAAGUGCCGAGAAGGAGGAGGAAGAGGAGCGACCUCCACAGCAGUGGAACCUGGAUUAUGCCCUCGCUCCCUUCGAAGGCCUCACGCCCGAAUACAUGGAAAUGAUUAUCCAGUUUGGCUUUGUCUCGCUGUUCGUGGCCUCCUUCCCUCUCGCUCCCCUUUUCGCCCUGCUGAACAACGUGAUCGAGAUCCGUCUGGAUGCCAAGAAGUUUGUUACGGAGCUCCGCCGGCCGGUCGCUGCCCGCGCCAAAGACAUCGGUAUAUGGUACAACAUACUGAGUGGCAUGGGCAAAUUCUCAGUCAUAAUAAAUGCCUUUGUGAUAUCCUUCACGUCGGACUUCAUCCCUCGCCUCGUCUACCAGUACAUGUACAGUCAGUCGGGGACCAUGCACGGCUUCAUCGACCACACGCUCUCCUACUUCAACGUGUCCAACUUUAAACCGGGCACAGCGCCGCAGAAUUCCGAUCACGGAGAUGUCACCGUUUGCAGGUAUAAAGACUACCGGGAACCACCCUGGUCUCCAGAUGCGUACCACUUCUCCAAACACUACUGGUGCGUCCUAGCAGCGAGACUGGCCUUCGUCAUACUCUUUCAGAACCUGGUGAUGUUCCUCAGCCUCGUGGUAGCCUGGGUGAUACCGGACAUUCCCAAAACCAUCGUGGAGCAGCUGAAGCGGGAAAAGAAGCUGCUGGUGGACCUUUUCCUACGGGAGGAGAAGGACAAAUUUCAGCUCAUCCAGAGCCUCUUCGGCAAGGACACCCCCGUCGCCCCGGGCGGCCACGUCCUCCCCCCGGGUCAGGGCUUCCCCCUCCCGGGCCGCUACAGCACCCUGCCCCAGUAUCCGACCCGAGCGCCGACCGGAGAUGGCGGAGGAGGAGGGCCCAGGGCGAGGUGCAGGGCGGCCAGUUUCAGCCUGUACACGAGAAAAGUUCCGCCAUCACCCAGAAAUGAAAAUUCCCGACACACAGCUGUGUGACACGACGCAUCCCUGCGGGUGCGUGGGGCUCGCGAACGGAACAUCGCUUCCUCGAACUGCCAUUUUUAUUGUCCCAGCGUGAAAGAGGUGUGCCGUAAUAGAUUCACUCACGGGUUCACUUCAAAUGUGUCUUUGUUGUUCCUGCUUUUUACUUGGAGCUGAUUGCUUCAUUGCGUAGACAAGCAAUAAUACGGUGUUAGGCUGAAAAAUCUUCUAAAAGAGUUUGUAGAUUUAAACAAAUAAAAUAAAAAAAUCACCUGGAUAGACUUUCCUGACUGAACACUUCAAAUCUAUUAAUUUAUGGACCUUUAGUGGUAUGUUUAAAUGUACUCCAUUUGGACCCUUGGGCCCUUUACAGCCCAAAAGUGUAGAUUGCACCUUCAGGAAUACAAAUGGACUCUUUUUGGAAUGUAAUCCUCUUUUUGGGGGUUGUGGCAGUGAUCGAUAAAUGAAUGGAUGGACAUUGUGUGUCAGACUGUUGCAACUUUUGGAAUAUUUCUGCUUCAUGUGCUUCAUUAUGCUCUUUGUAUAUAUUUGUUUUGAAACUGAACUCGUAGCAACAACACAACACCAGAUUCUAAAGACUUACAAGUGUUGUUAGUGAAAGCACUUACGAGCUUCCUGAAAGUGCAAAUUGUUUCCAUGGCAUUCUCUGUUUACAUUGACCAUCUCAAGUGAUGUAUUUUUUUUCCUCGAUUAUUCUGUUAUUCCUUUGCCACUCGUUGUUUCUCCAGUACACUUACAGCCCUCCAUUUUUGACAUUAUCUGAUACAUGCCAGUUUGCUAAAGUGAUGUAUGAUGUAAUGUACUCCUAACUUCCUGUUUUAGAGGACAGAUUAUAUGUCAACAUUUGUUGCAGCACUGAAACUGAGCACAGGGACUCAUUUUCAUUUUCUUUUUGCAGAAAUGCUCAUCAUCAGUGCAUUAAACUGUUUUCAUGAUUUCAAGUAAUUGAGAUUAUUUACUGUUUUGUUACAAUGUGAAGUCAUAACUGCUCUCAUAAUACCAUGCUGCAAAAUGUCAUUUGUGUUUCAGAGGCCUUGUACGUGCUCUUAUUUUGCCCUGACUGCUCACAAGCAGCAACAGACUGUUAAAUUCUUUAUGUAAUUUAGAUUGACUUAGAACAAGCAAAUUGUGACCGUAGUACAUAUUUAAGACGAUGUAGACAUACAUGAUUACAUAAUUGUUAGAUGUCUUGUGACCUGUGUGCUUUUUAUCUCAUUGGUGUGUUUUUUUCUUCUAUUUCUUUUCUGCCUUUCUUGAGCGAGAAGUCCAAAUGGGUUUUUAAAUGGAGACCACACAGGUAAUAGAAGGAUGCAAACAUAUGUUCCUGUGGCAUUGUAACGCGUUUCAUACAUUUUUCGAUGCAUGUAUACUGUUAUUAUUCGUUGACACAUUUUGUAUUAAGCUUAACUGCUCCAAAAAGAAGGUAACGUGUUAUUUUCUGUCUCCUUGAUUACCACAAGAGGUAAUCAUGAGUCACUUAAGAAGUCUCUGUCUCUAUUUGACCUCAAUACAGGAUUGAAAAACAAUGUAAGCCCCGAUCAGACUGCAUUUUGCAUCCAUGUGUAGGUUAAUAUGAUGUUCCAGUGAUGAUGAUAAAAUGCUGACGGGAAAAGAACACUGUUGUUACUACUUGUUUUGAACAUUAAUUUUGACAAAGCCACUUUUAUAAAUAUCUCUCCUUAAUAAUGCAUUUCAAUCAUCUAAAUAAAUGAAACGAGGCGCUUAUUGUGAGUGAAAAAUACUUAAAUUUUGGAUAUCGUACAGUAGUUACGAGGUCUCGUAGUUUCCACGAACGCACCACUGACAUCACUUCCUGUUUUACUCAGUGACCGGUUUGAUUGGUCACACCUGUGUACGUAAUCGAAUGUUUGUUUUUUUCUUCUUCUAGCAGGUAUGUCACAAAGAAAUCUUUUUGAGGGAGAGGGGGUUAUUAUUACAGCGUUUUGACAAGUAAAAAUGUCUUAUUUUUAAUUCCACCGCUUGUAUUUGGUGCAUUAUCACCACUGCACCAGCAGCGAUAUAAGUAUCAACUUCCUGUGACAAAUAUUAAGAAAGUUAUGACUCUUUAAAACCGGUGAAAAUGCAUGACUCUAUCGUCAACGUCGUAAUGCAAAGUCAAUAAGAGGGUUGAGUUUUUCGGUGUGACCUUUUGUUUGUUGAAUCCGAGUUUCAACAUCAUGUUUCAGUUGGUGUCAAUGGAAAGCUUGCUAAACACAGAAACAGACAACAUACUGUAUAAUAAAAACAUGGAAAAGUA